AUGGCGGCUAAGGGUAGCGUUCCUGAUUUCAAGACUCUCAAAGAGUGCUUGGAGUUCUUGCAGUGGCUGCAUAGUGACAAGAAUAUGCAAUACCGGGUGACACGUCGCCUGAAAAAGCUGCUCGAAAAGAAAUAUGCAAAAGUUAAUGAACAGCAAAUUGACACAGCGUUGUCUACUUUCCUUACAAUAGUAUCAAAAUUUUAUACGAAAUUAUGCCAAAAAGCAGGACAUGGCAAAAACAUGCCUGAUAAAGCUAGAGAUGCCUUCUAUGCUCUCCUGCAGUGUAUUCCCAAAUUUCUCUCCGUUAUGUACUAUCUACGGUACAAUGUUGACUCGAACUUUGCUGGGGUGGGAGGAGGGAGGUGGGCGAAACAACAGGUUGGGACGCUAGCACUGUACGCUAGACUUGGUUCACAGAUGGUUGAACGGAUGAAAUCUACAGCCAGUGACAUUGAAAAGUAUCUAAUUGAGAAAGGGAACUCAAAUUUCGGUGUCAUUCCUGGAGGAUUCGAUCCAAGCGAUUUGAAGCAAAUUGGUGAUAGAGAUAGCUAUUCUGAGGGUUCUAUUAUGCUACAUGACCUUAUAAACAUCUGCGAUAAAAAAGAUGGGCAAUUAUUUCGUGACGUGUUCGUAACGUCGGUGUUGUCUAAGAAUUCCGGAGUUGACGUCUCGAACAUCGCCAACGCUCUUAGGAUGGUAGAAGACUUCUGUGGAAUAUUUGAAAACGUGGAGAAAGACGAUUUCACAAGUCACGUACAAUCGAGGGGUCAAUGUAUUAAUUGGCAAACAUUGAAAGACCACUGUACCAAACUUAAAGAGACUCUUGGUAAAAUGUUCAAGCAAGGAGUUUUUUCUUUCACAGGGUAUGGGCGUACAUAUGGAUUUCUUGACAAAAAAAAUAUUGCUAAAAAGAUGGCGAAUUGGUUCAGAGCAAAUUUAGAUGAGGUGAGAAUAAAUUUGGCGAGAAUUACGCCUUUUGACAGUAAGCAAUAUAAUCUGAAGACACGUAACAAAAAGCUUCCACAAUAUUAUGCCGGACUUGGUGCACAUCUCGCCAAAUAUCUUUUCCCCUACGGAUUCACCUUCGAGGGGAGAUCAUUUAAAACGGGUACCACUCCGUAUGAGGAUUUGAAAAAGCAUUGGGAUGCGGUCAUCGGCGACCUUAAGAAAGAUGACGGCGGUUUGGCCACACUUAAGAAGAUUCUAGAUGGGAAUCAGUGCGCAAAUGGACAAAAGCAGAGGGAACCUACACCUAAGUCUAAACCUAAGCCUGGGCCUGAGCCUGAGCCCGAGCCUGAGCCUGAGCCUGGGCCUGAGCUCGAGCCUGAGGAUGAGGAUGACCUCGCCGAUGACGAUGAGGUUGAUUCUGAUGAAGAAUUGAUGAAGGAAUUAUCCGAUGAAGAGGAUUUGGCUGCUCAAAAAACCGAAGUCACCAAAGCCGAGGCGGCGAAACCCACUGCCACUAAAACCGAGGCGACUAAAACGGAGGCUGCCAAGCCAGUGGUAACCAAAGCCGAGGCCGCAAAGCCUCAAGCUCAAAAUGUCGAAAAUGCACAGAACCAGGGCAAGAAAGCGGAGGCAACUCCAAAUCAAAAUAACGGUCAAAGUGAAGAAAAGCCUGGGAGUUCACCAGUUGCGCAGGCGGCAGAACAUAAGGAUUCAAGUGCUCCAUCUCCACGCCCUGCGUCCUCUGGUGCCGAUGUUCCCGGUAGUGGUCGGGGCCCGGGUGGCACGGGGUCCACUUCUGACUCUGCUGAACCAGGUAGUGAGGAGUCCCAUACAGAAAAAAACAAUGCUAGUACUCUAGCACCCACGGGCCACUCUACCGGUUCAAGUGACGGUGGAGAUGGCAAGGGUGGAGGUUCAGAAAAAAUGUGCUCUGAUGGUAGCCCGCCCGUUGAAUUGUAUCCUUAUGGUUUUAAGUACUGCCGCAGAGGUGAUAAGGUAUGGGAUGCGUCUGAACAAAAAAAAAUGCAUGACGAUUGGGAUGAAAAAAAACGAAAUUACGAGUUAAAAUUAGAACGAAACAAGAAGAAAAUUGAAGAGAGACUUAGAAGGCAAAAGGAAGCAGAAAAUCUUAAAAUGGAAGUUGAGGAACGUAUAAAGGAGGAUGAACGUCAACUCCAACGUGAAGCUAUGCUUCCACGCAUUGAUGUUGUGUAUAUGCCGCAAGAGUUAUCCGAGAAUCUGGAUGUGGCAUAUAAUACAGCCGCACAAAGACAUUUGAAUCAAUUUGUCUCUCCGAUGCCAUUCGAUAUCAUCAAGCCAACAAACCGCGAUGCAGUGAUCGAUGAUGAUCACGGGACAGGUGAAGUGAAUGUAAACGGGUCAGUGUUGGAUGGUGCAUCUGGCACACAAUUUGAGGAAUUCGAAGGAAAGCCAGUGCAGAAUUUUGAUGAACAAUCGAAACGACAACAGGAUUAUUAUUCGGCAGUGGAUAUCACAAAAUCACCUGGUGUUGAGGGGUAUGAAAUACCGGAUCCGUUUUUUAGUGAUAAACGACAGACAGAAAUUGAUAAAGAAUUAGGAAAAAACCAAAAAGAUAUGGCAUCAGAAUUGCAAUACCAAUAUUAUCAGGGGUUGGGUGACACACAGUCCAAAUGGAAGCAAUCCAUUGUCGACACAGAACAAGCCGAAAAGAAAGAACGGAAAAGACAGAUUGAUGCCAGAAUACAAAAUGUCAUUGAACGUGUUCGAGAACGGAAUGAACGGAAAAAUAAGGCAGCCCAGAACCUUGACAAAAAGUACGAACAAACAACAGAAAAAAUCUGGAAAACUCAACAGCAGCAAAACCUGGAUUACAUAGAAGAAAACGUGAAAGAUGAUGAUGCAAAAAAAAGAUUGCAACAAAAACGUUUGCGGCAUCAAAAGAAAUUAGAGCAGCAAAACAUUAGUUCAGACACCCCAUCAUCUACUGACUCCACCCUUCCAAGUCAGCCCAGCCGGCCUGCUCCCGCACCUUCCGGUCAGAUCCCGUUUUCUUCUCAGCCGCCCAGUGGCAUCCCUGCUAACCAGAGUCCGCAGUAUGUUCCACAGGAGAGAAGUUCCAGGGAGCGAGUUGGGGAUAUUGAGCCUUUCGAUCUGCCUAUGAUAUCUGUUGGAGGCAGUGCGGUCCCUGAUUUCGAACAUGAAGAGAAGGAAGCUAAAUUGAAAAAACUUUCUUUAGCCAAACAAACAACAGAAAAAUGGGACUGGGAUGCGAAACAGGCAGAGCUUUAUAAACAGAUGCAGAAAGAGAAAGUUAAUUGGAACACACAAGUAAGGGAAUAUAGAGAUAAUUUACAUAGACAGAGUCACGAGACAUCGAGAACGCCUUUCUUAUCUCGGAAAUCAUCAGUACCGAUUGUUCAGAACGUCGAUAUUCUCGUCCCACCUAUCACAGCUCGGAAUAUCUCCGGUGCUGCAAUCGAAAUUCCGGCUGUUCAACUCGAUGGGGAUAGUGCUUUGACAGCUGCUGCCAUACAGCAACCCACAGGCCACAGCAUUCCUGAUUCCAAAAUUAACUUUCGCAAGUCACCUUUUACGCCAUCAUCGAAGCCUACUGGACGUGAUGAUUCUCUGACCCAAUCACCACACACUGUCACAUUUGACGAUAAUAUCAUGUUGAGCAUGACAGGUGCAUCUGGCCAACCGGUUGUCGGUGUCAACGGAAAAGUGGACACAUCACAGAUUCCGAGUGACAUAAGGGUUAAUGCGGGAGACCGAUACCAUCUAGAAGGACAAGAAGUACAGGACGAUAAGUUAAUUAAACGGCAGGAGCGGAAUAUUCAAAAUCUGCAGAAUGCUCAGAUGCAAAUCGAUUCUGAAAAUAAACAACGCGAACGUAAACUGCAGGCGUUAAAAGAAAAAUCGAAACACAUAAACGAAGAACAAAGGGAACUUAUGGAAGCUGCAAAAUCAGACGCUGAUCGCAUACGUGCAUUCAAGGAUUCACAGUUUGACAUUUCUAGUGCCCCUCUACGUGUUGAUGAAAUGCAAUUUGACAUCCAAAUAGACGUCCCAAAACGUCCACUACAGGAUUCGUCAUAUGACAUAGACCUAGAUGACCCUUACGCCAACACGGCCGAUAUCCUUAAAGACGAGUUGAAGCCUUCAGACGACAAAGGCUUCUCCGGUUUGCCUAACACUAAUUUCAAUCUGGACUUUGCGCCAGAACGUGCCGGCCCUAUGGACUAUGAAGAUCCCGGGAUGCCACGUGACCCGGCAAGGAAGACAGAUGAACGUGUAAUUAACCCAUUUCACACAGAUGAAUGCCAAAACCCCUGGUCUGUUGACACUUCAUCCACCUCUCCCACUUCACUCCCCUCCCCAGUCCCAACCUCAGACAAUAUGCCUCCGCCCAAAACCGUGAGGGAAAUGCUCUACUGGUUUGUCGGCUUGAAUACACAAGGGUAUAUCGGAUUGAUUAGUGAGCAUGUCAAAGGCCUUUUGAAGGGUUAUAACACAGAUGCGCUCGAGGUCACCGGGGAUCCCCAGCAGCUGACCUCUUCCCAUGUCACCACCAAACUGACCGAGGCGUGUCUAUACUCAGCCACCGUUAUCUACAAAAUAAAGCAUAACAAUGAUUUCAAAGCGUUUUCCACUUUUGACUUCAAAUCAGAGUAUAGUCAGCUGCAUUAUUCCCCCGACCCCGCCGGUCUCCUCUGCCAGCUGCGGGACUACGUGUACGCCUGCCACUACCAGUUGGAGUUCCUCAAGUCUCAGUGUAGCCGGUAUGAAUCUCAUGGUGGUUGGAAAAAUUAUGAUUAUGGAAAUGCUGUUUCCCCCUCUGACUCUCCCCUCCAUUCCUUCCUGACCGACGGCUGGGACUCCGACUUCGACACACACCCCUUCGACCCGUGUAACCUGUGCCACAAGAGCAGAGUCAGGAUGGGAUUCAAGAUAGAAGAUUUGCCUGAGAAGCAACAUGAUGGAACCAUCCUUUCCUCCAUCCUGUCUCCCAGCUGCGGCGGUAGUGAUCCCCUGCUGACCCUGUCCUCGUACCUCAACUGCAUCACCAGGCGGACGCCGCGCACAACCGGGGAGCUUGUAUCGUACUUCCACAAUUUUGGUAAUGAACUUCACGGGUAUGCUUUAAAGGCACUUUCUUCACUAGGCACUGCCAUCACCAAGUCACAUGCCGACUGCCCUGACUGGGACUGUCUUGGUGCCUCCGACCUCCAAGCUGUCAGUGGCCUCCGAGGCUCCGAGGCUCUCAACAUGAUCUCCAAUAACAACCACGACAACGAGCAUCCCCGUACCCUUUCCACACUGGUCGGCUGCGGCAGUGACCCUGCCAACUGCCAUCCACGUAUGUCUCCCAUCACCUACCGGGCCUACGCCCUGUACUCCCAGAGCUUCGCCCACACCUACCUCAGCUGGACGGUAUACCUUCCGGACAGACUGCUUGAGUCACUUCAAAAAUUGCACUACGAUUUGCAAAAACAUCUUGGCAGCGGCAAGUGCACAUCCCUCUACCUGUGUCCCGUUGCGCUGCCCCUCCUCUACACUCACGGGUUCACGCCGCCGGAGGUGGGAUCGCAGGUGUCGCUCAAGUGCUCUGAUGUUAUAACUAAGCUUAAAGAUAUUGUGAACGGUAGGCCUAUCGCAUCACUCAUGACUGCCAUGGACGAGUUCCUCUACGGCAUCCGGGAGCCAUUCAUCUUCACCCUCGUCGCGAUGUGGUCUCUCGCAUUCCUCAUCUUCGCCAAUGCGAUGUUGUACCGCCUGGACAUACUCCACAUCCGAUCACACCUCAUCCGCUCCAAGGCCUCGCACCGCAUCGACGUCAAGGCCCUACUCACGAAAGGCCGGAAGAUGAUGUCCCUGUACGAUGCGCAUUCUAUCUGCCAGGAUGUAUUCGUAUUUGUUAUAUUUUACAGGCGUAGUCAUAUCUUAGUAUAUGAUGGGUGGCAGUGCACUACAAUGGUAAUUGGGUGCAUUAGGUCAUGGUCCGCAGUGCCAUGGUAUGUAGAAAAACUCAUCAAGCAUCUCUAA